AUGAACGAUCACAAGAUUGCUUGCCAAGGAAGAAAUCAAGUUCAGCAAAACCAUGGACUAAAGAUCACAGACCGCAGCUUCGAAUUCGUUCCCCGAUCUUCCCAUCUUUUCGGAGUCCAAAACCACCCGGAAAACAUGGGAAUUUGGACUCGACAGCAGCCCUGCACCAUGGAUAAUCAGGCAAGGCUAUCUCAGCUCCAAAAUCUUGUUAGCCCUGUUAACAACAACAACAACAACAACAACAGCGACAAAUCCUCCUCAUCAACCAUCAUGAUAAGCUGCUUCGAAUCACCCGCUUCAGCCUUCUAUGCCACUGAAAGAUGCAUGAGAUUUGCUGAAUAUGAUUCCCAAGUUUGUUAUGACAAUCCUUCCUUGAAUUCACACUUCUCUUCAGGCCACCAGUCUUCUGCUGAGAACUAUUCCAUUGACACCAAUGACCAAUCCGAGCCAAAUUUCGAAUUCCGAAAUUCCCUUCAACCAAUGGUGAAACCCCAUCCAUCCUUUGGACAUGAUCAACGCAAUAAGCUUCAUAUUGAUACUGCUACUACCGCAUCAUCAAUUAGGAGGCAGUUUUCUGUCCCUUCAAAAGAAAAUCAGGAUCUUGGGGGCUAUUGUGGCUCGUUUAAUUCUCCGAUUUCGCAGCUAAAUUUUGCUUGUCAUCAAGAGAAGCAAUCUCCAAGAUUUUCCUCUGGAAAUGGUUGUAUUAGUACUAUUACUCUUAACACUGCUUCAACCGGGCCCGGAAUCUCUAGCAAAACAAGAAUAAGAUGGACUCAGGAUCUUCAUGAGAAGUUUGUGGAGUGUGUAAAUCGCCUUGGGGGUGCUGAGAAGGCGACCCCUAAAGCAAUACUGAAGCUUAUGGAUUCAGAGGGAUUAACAAUCUAUCAUAUCAAAAGUCAUUUGCAGAAAUAUCGGAUUGCAAAAUAUCUGCCAGACUCUUCUGAAGGAAAAUCUGAAAAAAGGGCUUGCAUAAAUGUCACACCGCAGCUUGAAGCGACAACUGGCUUGCAGAUCAAAGAGGCACUGCAACUACAAUUAGACGUGCAGAGACGCCUUCAUGAGCAGUUAGAGAUUCAGAGAAAUUUACAACUCCAAAUUGAAGAACAAGGAAGGCAACUAAAGAUGAUGUUUGACAAGCAACAGAGAAAAAGUAAUAGCCUGUUCAAGAGUCAGUGCUCAGCUAUUACAUCCCCUGAUCUUGAUCAUGAUCAUGAUGACGAUUAUGAUGAUGCCCCAUCAAAUAACGGCAUUGAUGAAGUUCAAGUUUCCAUUGCUGAAGCUUCAGGGAAUACCAAUUUCCCAUCCAAGAUAAGUUAGCUAGAUAAAAAGAAGUCCUUUUUAGUAAGAAAAAAAAAAAAAAUACUCAUGUCGUUUUGUUGUGGUUGCAACAAAAAAGAUCACACUGCCAUAUCAGUUAAGGAUGGUUUUCAAAAAUGAAAAGGAGAAAUACUGACGUGGGACUUAA